GAUAAAAUGGCCUCGUGGGCCGGAUGCGGCCCACUGGCUAUAUUUUGCCCACCCCUACUAUGCGGGGGGGGGGACACGGACGGACGACCUUUUGGAUGGAAAGAAAAAGUAGGCUGCAAACAUGCAUAUAAAAGGGAACUGCCUAAAACAUGGAAGAAUACCUUUUCAAGCCUGUAUGUCCCAUUACCGUAGUGCCUGGUGUCUCAAAGUAUAAAAUGCAGUCUUCAGUAGAAGUAAGUGUGAAAGGGAGGCACUUGGAGCUUUGAUUUAAAAGGUUCGUAGAGCCUUGGUGGGAAACUGGCUUGUGCUGUCACCUAGUAGGGAGAUUAGUCUGUACCGCAGGUAACCAUGUUUUUAUCACUCUCUUUGGCAAGUAGGGAAGAACCUGACAAGGUCACUGUGGCUCUGCCCUUAUGCUGAGAAGGGUUGGCUGAGUGCCAUGGCGUCCUGCAGUAACCGCCUGCAGUCAGCUGCAGGGCAAUGCAGAAGGAAAUUGAAUUAAGGUGGCACGUGCUGUGGAAAAAUGCCUGCUCUGCCUCUGCACUGAGGAUUCUGACUGUAGACUAGUGUACACUGUCCACCCGGAACUAACCUGCACCUUUGAAGAGAGGCUCUAUGAAAACCCAGGGAAGCCUGUAAUCCAUAUCUGGCAUUUCUUCUGGGAUUUGAACAUUGUUUUCCUGUCGGCUUUUUUUUUUUUUCCUGGAGGCUGAUCACUACCACUUGGUUUAGCAAUGUCUUACUGCUCUGGCAAGAGCCAUGUCCUGCCUUAGACUGUGGAAACUAAUAACCAAAUGGUAGAAUGCCACAACGCCCCUUUGGGAGUAAGCAGGCAUCUAGUUCCAGGUGAAGCUGGGGGGACGUGGUAUCUCUGGAGUUGAUCUCUCCUGUCUCCAUUCAGACUUUGGGUUUGGACUGAGCAAUAUGGAGAAAAUUAACUCUUAUAUAUGCCCUUAAAGUACUUCAGUGAAGCGGUGGCUAGAGGCCCUGAUCAGCCUUGGGGCUUUGCAAAGCAGCCAGCAGAAGCACAAAGGAAGUCAGAGAGCUGUCCAUCCUAAAAGGCUGACUAAUGUCUUUCUUCCCCAGUACUGCCUGCCCUCCUCCUCUCCAACAACAGCUAUUGAAUGAUCCUUAUCAAAUUAACAUUUGACAGUAAAUUACCAUUAACCUUCUAACGACUGCAGCUUUGCAAGACAUAAGCCAAAGAAUUCUAGUCUUGUGGAACAGGUAAGGGAAUCCAAUCAUGACCAGCCAAAUGAGCUGUCAAGAGAAAUGGCCUUUCUUCCUUUUGCCCCCCAGCUUGUGCUGUGACAAUGUUGCAUGGCGGAGCAGUCACAGUACAUCUCAUGUCUUCUGUACAGCAGGACUGGAGAUUUCUUUGCCUGUGGGUACAUAUUUGCUUCUUCCAAAAUAUUCUAGCCAACGAGGGAUUUCAGAAGUGUCUUAAUGCUUUAGGCUGGCAAGGCUACAGCCAAUUCUUUCCAACUACUUUAGUUGGUCUAAUAAAAGAUACCGGAUUUACGCAAAUAAUCUUGUCUGCUUAAUGCUUUAGGAGCACAAGCCUUAUAUUAGUGACUGUCAAGGUACUGUGGCACCCUUGUUUGACUUGAGAUCCUUACAAAUGUGUGCCAGGGUGCCACUUGUUCUUAGCGUUAAGUGUGCAAACUGGAUUCACAAGGAGGAGGAAAGUUAUUUUGAAUAGGAACCCAGAGUGUCAAAAGCAUUCAGACCUGUUGUGGUCUUUCUGAGUUUUUUGCAAAAGAAUUUCUUUACGGUUUUGUGUUGGGUUUGUAGUUAAAAAAUGAAAGCUGGUAUUUUCCAAGGGGUGCCUUGACCAUAAAAAGGUUGAGAACUACUGUCCUAUGCAAAUUCCUUGGCCACUUCAGAAAUGCAUUAAAAUUUGCUGUGCUGACUUCAAGUAAAUAUUGGGUGACUGUUCCCAAAAGUAAGCUGGGUUUGCCUUCAGGGCUCCAUCAAACACACUCUCAAGAGAGUCUAUUCAAGGAGGGAACAGAAGCAGUACUAUGCGAUCUGUUUCUAAUCAAACAGCCCAAAGUGAGCUGGUGAAUACAGCUGCUUUUGAAUAGUUUACUCACCAAAAAUUACCCUCCUUGUUUUGUGGACAAAAUCAAAUUGCAAUCAAAGCAAAGCAAACUCCUUUCAGAGUAUUCAUGAGCAAAAAGAAGCUAAAUUGAUCAAAUUUCUUUGCUCCUCUUGAUUCUAAUUUUUUAAACAUGGAUAACUGUCACUUCUCCUUUAUAAGCUAAUUGGAACAACAAACAGUAUGCUGGCAAUCUAUAUUAUGUGCAUAACAUGUCAGGGGAAUGCUGGUGGAGCAACAAUAGGUGAACUUAAAGCUUGUGAAAAUAACUAUGAUGUGUUUGCAACCCUUAGAGUCUAGACUAUGUAGUAUUUAUAAAGUCUUGUUCUAAUGCUGACAGAUAAAGAGCCAUUAGUGAGAUGCUUAAUGUUUAGCUUCUUAUUAGCUGUAUGAUUUGUAACUACAGUAGAUAGAAGAUGGAGACAGAGCUUUAGAGCAAAGCAAUAACCCUCCUGUUUUCUGUAAGUCUUUGUGUUGUCCUUAUACAGCUAUGAGUCUGGCAAUGACAUUGUAGACCCGUUCAUCAGGCCUGUGCUCCCUUAAGUAAUACCCAACACUGCUGACCUAGCCAGUUUCCAAGUGGAUCUUAAUCUAGGUACAUUAUUUACUCCUUGAGUGGGAUUAGUUUAUGAAAUCUUGGACAUUAAGAGCUGGAAACAUCUCCAAAUCGACUACAAAUUGCGCUCAGUUCUCACCUGGAAGCUAGUGGUUUGCUCCAACACACAAGGAUAAGUAGGAACUGUCUGCCUGGAAAAUACCUUUUGUUCAGUGUUAGGAGUUCUCAUCUUAUUCCUUGUGUAAUGUUUUCUUCUGGCAGUUGCUGUGACAUUUGAGACAUUGGAAGUGCCUGAAGGUCUUUUGUCGGAAGGAGUCUUCACUCUUGUACAGUCACACACCCACGUGCAGAAAUGAGCUGCCCUGCAAAGAACUCUGGCCGGAGGCAGGUUAUUUUCAGGAAGACUUCACGUGACAAGUCGCUGACUGUCUAUCUGGGGAAACGAGACUUCAUUGACAAAGUAGAGAGUGUGGAACCUGUCAUUGGUGUUGUUUAUGUGGAUCCCGAGCUUGUCAAGAAGAAGACAGUGUAUGUGACUCUGACCUGUGCGUUCCGGUAUGGCCAAGAAGACAUUGAUGUGAUUGGCCUGGCUUUCCGAAGGGAUCUGUAUUACUAUAGACUGCAGUUGUACCCACCAGCAUACAAACCAGACUCUCUCACCUCACUACAGGAACGUUUAUUGAAGAAGCUGGGACGCAAUGCUUACCCCUUUGUUUUUACAUUUCCGGAUAAUCUGCCCUGCUCAGUCUGCUUGCAGCCAUCCCCUCGUGAUGCCAGUAAGUCCUGUGGAGUGGACUUUGAGGUUAAAGCUUUCCACGCAGAGAAUUUGGAAGAUAGAAUUCGUAAAAGGCACUCUGUGCGCCUGUUGAUUCGUAAGAUGCAGUUUGCUGUGGAAGAAACAGGACCCCAACCUCGAGUUGAGACCACUUGGCAGUUUUUCAUGUCAAGUAAACCAUUGCACUUGACAGCAUCCCUCAGCAAAGAGCUCUACUACCAUGGUGAGCCCAUUCCUGUCACAGUCACUGUGACCAAUAACACCGAGAAGACAGUGAAGAAGAUCAAAGUGAUGGUGGAACAAGUUGCCAAUGUGGUUUUAUAUUCAAGUGACUAUUACUCAAAGGUGGUAGCAACAGAGGAAGCACCGGACAAGGUGCCACCGAAUGGUAGCCUCACCACAACAUUGAAACUUGUGCCCUUGCUGGCAAAUAAUCGUGAGGUACGGGAGAUAGCGCUGGAUGGAAAGCUGAAGGAUGAAGAUACUAACUUGGCUUCUAGUACCCUAAUUAAAGAAGGGAUGGACAAGACUGUGUUUGGGAUUCUGGUUGCCUACAGGGUCAAGGUGAAGCUCAUCGUCUCGGGCAUUCUGGGAGAUAUCAUGUCCAGUGAAGUGUGCACAGAGCUGCCAUUCCGUCUCAUGAACCCCAAACCUGAGGAGAAUGCAGUGACCCGGAUACAGAACUAGUAUUCGAGGAGUUUGUUGAUCAACAGGUGGAUGAUGCAGCUGAGGACGGAGCUGAAGAUGAAGAAAAGGCAAAUGAGUGACUGGAAGAACCAGCCACCAGAGGAGCUAUGGGGUCUGGCAUUAGUUACGAAUGCAUUAGGCCAUAGCUUUUAGAUAUAUUAAACUGUCAGUUCUUGACACUAUAAUGCAACAUCCAUGGAUAGGUUGUUAGCAAUAGGGCUCCAACUUGGGAUCUGUAGAUCUAACACCAUGAGCCUCUAUUGCCAGAGUGGUAGCUCCAUUAGCUAAAAGAUAUAGCAGACUCAAACCUUUCUGUGGUCCAGCUAGUAGAGAAGUAGCAAGACACAUUACUCUCACCUGUUCAUAACGCUACCAAAUAAAUUGGUUGGGUGCUGUCACAAAAUGUUAAAACCUUGAUCAACAGUGUGUCUGCUGUCAAGUUUUUUCCCGGCCUCACUUUGGAUCAAGGAGCCACUGAUUCUGAGUCCUCAGUUCACUGGUAAGAAUCUAUACUGCCCACUGUAUGCAUGGGAAGAUUUAAUUAUACAGCUUGUGAUCUGCGGCUUGGUUCAACUGACAGCAAAAGGACCUUUGGCACUGAAAGUGGAAACAAAGCUGUUGUAUGGAAUUCCAUUUCCUCAUCAGUGUGUAGUAUUCUGCACCAAAAAACUUGCUGAGACAAGGCGGCAAGCCAAUCCUUCUCUAAGUAACCUGCACAGGCUUUUAUAAUGUCAAUCUUGCCCUCUUUCUGGGUUUGGUUUCUAUGGAAAUGCUCCCCCUGUGUCUUGUUGUUGUUUCUUGAGCAGCUUUAUUGUCAUCUCUCUUAUUAAUUUCACCAAGUUCCCAGCUGCAUUUUAUCAUAGUAGGUCCAAAGCCUUUCCUAAGCAGCUUUCUGUAGGGUUUCAGGUCUAACAUGAUGGGUUAAAUGACGAUCCAGCCAUGCCAAUCCAUUGCUCACAGCAUCCAAGAGAACUAUCUAUCUCAAGCAGAAAUGUUGGUUUCUGUGCUUCAGCUAAGAUGCCAAAAAAAAAAAGGGCAAAUGUCUGACCAGGUCAAAUGGCCCAUGGAGCUAGCAUAAUGACGACCUACCAGUUUCUGCAGCCAAUGCAAGCCUACUAGCCCAUUUGGCUAGCACAGUUAAAGCAUACCAAUUUCUGUAACAUCACUUCCAGCGCCUUUGACUCCCCACUCUGUAUGACCCGGUACCCAUUUAUAGCUGAGUCAGCUGUGGGCAUUCUUCAGUACAAGUCCAGGAUGAGAUUUGAAUUCACGCCUUUGGAGGUAAGACAAGACUAUUUAAGUGCUCUGCUACCACUUUCUGGUUGAUUAGUGAUAUGAGCCAAUAAAAAAGUGUUAUGUAAGCCACAUUAGUACACUCCUGUAAUACUACAUUACAACACAAGACAACACUUGAUUUUUGUUGCAGCUGUACUUUUCAUAUUAAAUUUAAGUCAAAUGGAGAUGUGUUCAAUUUAUAUUAUUCUAAGUAUGUGUUUUUUCUACUAAGAGAUGUUGGUAGCCUCUUCCUCGUGUUCACUGGUAGCUGUAACCCCCCCCUGCUAGUUUCAGCAUAGAUUUUGGAGACUGAUUGUGUGAAGAGUUCUAGAAAGAUAUUGUACCAAUUUUUAUCAUUCAAAAGAACAACCCUGUGACCAGACUUAGUGGAUCCAUGGUUAAUUAAGCCUCACUUACAUAGAUGGCCUGGUAUCCAGAUAUAAGAUAGUCUUGGGGAAAAAUUAUGUGAUGUAUUUGAGAUUUUUUUCACCAAUCUUAUUUCCACCAUGAGUUUAGGUAUGAAGCUUUCCACAUAUAUAUUUUGCCCGCAAAUAUUGCUGGCUAUGGGAAAAUAAAGCAUUUUGUACCUCUGGCCUGCAAGAUGCCCUCAGCUUUCGACUUUCCUCACCAAAUCACCUGUGAUGACAACACCCUGAAAGUGCAUAGAACAAAAUAAGAAUUCACAGCACUGAAUGAGAGGGGCAGGAAAGGACAUGCACAAAAAAGUUAUAAAAAUUAUACCCGUUUUCUCAACUUGGCCUAGAAAACCCUUGUAUGAUAUUCAGCAUUUCACUUAGUAUUAGAAGUUUCAAACCCUUUCCUUGUGCUUCUAUAUAGGGAAGAAAAUUCUGUUUGUUUAAUCUGCUCAUUAUUGCUCAGCAAGGUAGGCUGGACUUCCUGUUCUCCUGACCUUUAACCAAAAGAUGCUGACCUUUGUUAGUAAUAAAGAGAUCUUUGGUUUGA